AUGGAAUAUAAGAAGCAAUUCAACGCACGGCAUCAAUACGACGGUGAUGGCGUGCGACGUUUUGUGCGGGAAUUGCGCCGACUAGCCAGCAGAGCAUGGGAAAAUGAUACGCCCGCGGAACUAGAGAAGAAGCUGUUGGAGCAACUAGUCGAGGGGUCCAGAUCUAAUAAUGUACGACGUCAUCUGCUCCUGCACCCACUAGCGGACUUGGAGAUGGCUGUCAAACGUGUAGAAGAUCUGGAGAAGCUGGAGGCGGCCAAUGCAGCACCCCGAGAAUGCCUAGCAGUGGGACACUAUGGGGCACAAGAAGUCGGACACCAAGCGUGGCAGAGAGGCCGAGGAACGCGACGACCGUGGCGGCCCAUUUGUCGGUUCCAGCGCAGACCACCAGCCCCUUGGUAUAACAGGACAUCCAACUACAGUGGACAACAACCGGGGGAGUCCAAUCAAAACAAAAUAUUGAAUAUUCCCACCGUUUGCUGCCAGUUGAGUAGCCAGGACACGUUGAUGAUCGAGAUAGCAAUUUGUAACCUUAUAUGCUUAGCGCUGAUAAAUACAGGUGCCUCCCGAUCACUCGUUAAAAGUUCAGUUCUGCGUAAAUUGAAGGGGUAUACAGUGAGUCCAUGUCUCGAACGUCUCACUGCGGCCAACGGCGCGCCAAUAUCCGUCCUGGGGACGACGGUUGCUACAAUAUCACUAGUGGGCCAGGCACAGAAGCAUUCUAUGAUUAUCGCUGAGGCUAUUCCAUACGAUGUAAUAUUGGGAAUGGACGUGUUGCGUAGAUGGGGAUGUACUCUGGACUUGAAUGGAUGA